AUGAAGAAUAUGAUGCAGGAGAAUAAAGCACUUCAACACAGAUUCACACAGAAAACUGUUAUAUUAAAUAGUAAAAUAUGUGGUAACUUCCUGUAUCCGGUAAGUGUUGUGUGUGUUUCUCCGUGUCGUCAGGACGGAGGCUCUUUGGAUCAGGUUCUGAAAAAGGCUCGCAGAAUCCCGGAGGAGAUCUUGGGAAAAGUCAGCAUAGCUGUUUUAAGAGGACUCGCUUUCCUUCGAGAAAAGCACCAGAUUAUUCACAGAGAUGUGAAACCCUCCAACAUCCUGGUUAAUUCCCGCGGGGAGAUCAAACUGUGUGACUUCGGCGUGAGCGGACAGCUCAUCGACUCCAUGGACAACUCUUUUGUAGGAACGCACUCGUACAUGUCGGUAUGUUUCCACUGGUCUCAGGGACCCGUCAUGGCUAUAUUUGAGCUGCUGGAUUAUAAAGUCAAUGAGCCGCCUCCUAAACUCCCUCACGGCGUCUUCACUCCUGAUUUCCAGGACUUUGUGACCAAAUGUCUGAUUAAAAACCCUGCGGAUCGAGCGGAUCUGAAGAUGCUGACAGUGAGAGCACAUUUCGUUCAGAUGAUGAUAUAA